AUGCAACGACACCAGUGGGCACCUGCGCGCCACGCGCCGAUCCACGCGUCUGCGUCCGCGACUGCCAUGCCAUACGCUGCCCAAUACACUCCCCUCACGCCGUCCUUGGCCGGCCAGGCCGUACCAUUUAGUUCUUUUGGUUCCUUUGGUUCCUUUGGUUACACCCACGCGUCGCCGCCAUCCCACUCUGGACCACCUCUCUCCCCACAACAACACCGAGUCCAACUCGCCCGCGUGCACGAAGUCGAUAUCCCGUCCCGGCCCCUCACGCCACGGCCACAUAGCUCCCACCCCUCAGCGAGGGCACACGCAUGGCAGCGCCGCCUGGAUGCCGCGCACGCUGCGCUCCUCGCGGAUCUCGAGGUCAUUGGGGACGACGAGGGGCGGCGGAGGCUGCGGAUUGAGGCGCAUAAUGAUCUCGUUUAUCGAUGGAGCUGGGAGCGUGAGGUCAAUCCUGGGCCUAGUGGGGCGCGCCUCUAG